AUGGACGAAUCCAGUGUCGAACAGUCAAGGGGGCUACCCCAUCCGGCUAUAGUUGCCGCCACCACAGCUGCGCCCAUACAACGGCGUAACACGGGUGCGCAACACCAGCAACCGCCAGAGAGCGGUGCAUCAACCGGGGAGCACCCGAACACACCAGCACCCCGCCUAGCAACCCCGACAACAAUCGGCACCAACAACAACCACGGCUGCUACAGCAGCAGCCACAACUACAACACCAACAACCUGGGUAAGCACCCGGGUAACCAGCGCGCCAGAGCGCCAGCGACCGCGCAAAGAGCGGUAACACCAGCGAACCGCCCAAGGAUCGGCGGCACUAACCGCAAAAGCGGUAACCAGCAACGACAACACCAACAACCGGGCGCGCCAGAGCGCCAGCGACCGCGCAAAGAGCGGCAACACCAGCUAUAUCGACCAACACCAGCUAUAACAACCAACCAACAGUCACAACAACAACAACAGCCGGCCACACACAAGCCUGCUGCAACAAGGUACGCGGACUAA